AUGAGAAGAAUUGGAAAAGUGAAUGGAACUCAGCAAUACGAGGGGUAUGGUCUGGACAUCUUGGAAGUUUUAGCCAUGGCACUAAAUUUCAGGCAAGUUAAAAUUCGAACGAAAGAUGGAGAAUGGGGUCGAAUAUUGAACGGGUCUUGGACUGGUGUGGUAGGUCAGCUCAAUAGACGGGAGGUAGAUCUAUUUGCCGGAAGUCUGGCAAUAUCAUCCGGUAGAGAAGACGCUUGUGAUUUUACAUUUCCUUACUUCCACGUCUACUCUUGCGUCAUCUUCCGCACGCCGGACCCUAACAAAACAAAAUGGCGAAAGUUGAUAGAUCCUCUGUCAUGGGAGGUCCACGUGUCGGUAUUAGCGUCCUUUAUUUCCAUCAUAGCAUUGCUGUAUAUUAUAGAAAGACUGAAUCCAUUUUACCAACAUUCUUUCGCAUUCAAAAGGGAUUGGUAUCCGCCACAAUAUCAACUAACAACAAUAACAACUAUGAAUCAUUUGAAUCUUUUAAUUUUCUUUACAGGAGGUUCAUCCAUGCCAUCAUCAACGGCUGGACGAUCGUUACUAGCAGCGUGGUGGAUCUUUUGUUUGAUAACCGUAGCUACAUACAGUGGGAACCUGAUAGCCUUUUUGACCGUGUCUAAAGAGAGGAUGCCGUUUGAAACACUAACAGGAUUGGGCAACCAGCGAGAGUAUGAGUGGGGAACUUUAGGAGGAAGUUUGUGGGUUUCACUUAUUAAUGAAUCCAAUUUAACAGUUUUUAGGAAUUUAUGGAAUGGAAUGGUCGAUUUUAAUCAAACAGAUGAAGAGAUAUUCCACCUGGAUCAACAGCUACACAGACGGAAAGUUGAGAACGAAGACUAUGGUUUUAUAGCGGAUAAAUCGACGGCCGAGGCCUGGGUGUCUGAGAACUGCCAACUAACGUAUCUCAAAGAGCUGUUUUUUCCUAUGAAUUACGCCUUCGCUCUUCAGAACCAUUCGCCAUAUUUAGAAUACUUCAACGAUGAGAUGAUGAAAAUAUAUGAAAGUGGAUUAACGCAGACUCUUAAACGAAAAUGGUUCCCAAAACAGAAUAAAUGUUUGGACCAGACGACAAGUGCCAAGGCUAUAGAACUGUUAGAUAUUCAGAGUGCGUUCUACGUGAUAGGAAUAGGGAUUGUUAUAGCCUGUAUGGUAAUGCUGGUUGAAAGAUGUUUUGUGAAAAAUGAAAAGGGGUCAAGUUUAAAAUAUCAGUUUAUUCGAACCUUAUUUAAAAGAUAA